GAUAAGGGGCCUUCGUGCCUGUAAUUUUAAGAGUUAGAUUUCUUAAUAAUUUUAUCUCUAAACCACCGUAAAUGGUACAACUUCUGUCGAAAUGGCUUCAAUACACUUUGUUGUACAUCCACUCCCAGGCUCAGAGGAAGAGCUCAACGAUAGGUUGAGAGAGCUUUCAGAGAAGAUCCGUCGUCAACCAGCUGCAAGCAUUACUGGAGUUCCGUCACUCAAACAUUUAGUUGUGAAUUCAGUGGUUGUUGGUCCAAACCAUGCAGCGUUUCUUCUGGAGGAUGGUCGUAUAUGUCGUCUACAUUUCCACAUCAACCCAGACAAGAUUGAAGCUGGUAAAGUGGAGCCUCCAAAAAGCUCAAAAACAAAGACUACCACUUCCUCAGCAGCUCGUAAUUUAUCAUCAGCAAACCGAGGGUUGACUAAUCCAUGGCUACUUAAUUCCGGUGAACAACCGUCCAGUUCAUCAACAACAGCUAAAUGGAUCACUAGUAGCCGACCAGCAGCCAGUCGUACCACAAUGAGUGCAGCUACAACUGCCUCUGCAACAUCUCGCAAUCGAGGUCGUAUUAUGCGAACUCAAUCACGAGGUCGUGGUGGGGUCAUUGUAGGGUCACGACCUGUGGUACCAGCUGCUGUUGUUCCAGAGGAGUUAGUGUCUCAGGCUCAGAUGGUCCUCCAGGGAAAGAGCAGAGGUGUGAUCAUUAGGGAGCUACAGCGUACGAAUCUUGAUGUUAACCUUGCUGUGAAUAACCUACUGAGUCGAGAUGAUGAGGAUGGCGAUGAUCAAGAAGAAGGAGAUAGCUACAUCUCAGGUGGAGAUGACUUGAUGUCGUUAUUAGAUGGAGGUAUUCAUUCUGAUCAUCCAAGUGUCAUCAUUGAUGCAGAUGCAAUGUUCUCUGAAGAUUUUCUUGGCAUUUCAUCUCGAGCUAGAUCGAGAGCGUCUUCAAGUAGAGAUCGUGACAGGGAAUCCAAUGAGCGUGAUCCUUUGUUACGUGCUAGAGAUAGACGUUGGUUGGAUAGUGCUCUACGUGAUGCAGCUAGUAGUGCAGGUAGUUAUAAGACUGCUGGAGUAGAUGCUACAGCUAACCAGGAGACAAAGAAAGGUAUCCCACCUCAACAUAGCCAGAGUCCAUUAGCUGUUGGUGAUGAGCUAGAAUGGUGGCCAGAAAAGGGGGGAGAUGGAUGCCGAUUCACCCAUAUUUCUGCUAUGUACAGUGAGCUACUUGCAGUGGGUGUGAAUGGUCAACUCUACCAGUGGAAAUGGAAUGAUCCAGAACCAUACAGAAAACCAGAAAACUUAAACAUGCAGCAUCCUAAAGCAGCAACGUUAGGUCUACUUGGUGAGAAGGUGGUUCAGAUUACUGCAUGUUAUGAGAAAGCUGUACUUGUCACUGAGUCAGGAAAGAUUGCUACUCUAUUGGAUGAGACCCUUUCCCCUAUUGCAUCACGCUUGGAGCAUGCUGCUACAUACUUCAAUGAGUUACAUGGAGAGAAGAUCAACUCUGUCUAUACCUGUCCACUUUACACCUGUGCCUGGCUGGAAAAUGGAACUUUAUUCUGGUGGGGAGUUUUACCUCUAUCAAUCAGAAAGAAAGUUUUAGAGAGAGCUCGUGAACGAUCAAGAGCUAAGAAAAGAGAAGCUACUAACCCGGGCAGUAUCACUGUAGGAUCUCAGGUGUGUCUACGAAGCUGCCCUAUGUAUCAUUCUGGAGCCUUAGCUUUUAAUACUAAGAGCUACCCACCCAAGGUCGGCCAGCUCAUGGAUACAGCUUGGAACCUAUCUGAUACAUGUCGCUUUCGUAUCCGUCGUAAUUCUCUGGAUCGUUCAGACUCCAAGUCGGAUAUAAAAGAGGAUUCUAAAGGAGAUGGGAGAGGAGAAGUAAAGACUGAUGUAAUGAGAGUAGAGAGUAAGAUUGAAGUCAAAGGUGAUAUGGGACCUCCUCCUUCACCAGGGUCUACUAGUAGUGGAGAGAUUAUUGUAGUAUCAAGUCCUGCUGCUCAGCGACGUGGUACAAAGCGCCCUCUAUCAUCUCCAGUGAGAGAAGUUGAGAAACCUGAUAUUGAGGUUUGGGCAUUGACUGAUGUUGUAUUUGUGGAGGAUAUACGCUCUGUUCCUAUUGGUAGAGUAUUGAAGGUGGAUGGAGCCUAUGUUGCUGUGAAGUUUCCAUCUCUAGAACCAGUACCGGAUGUAACCAGUGACUGUGAUGUGCCCUCAUUACUUCAAGAUUGUCGUCUUCUACGUAAAGAUGAACUUCAGAUUGUGAAAGGUGGGGUUGCUCCUAAGGUACCAGAUUGCUUCCAGCGUCUUCCUAAGAAACUUUCCUUGCCUGAAAACAGCAAGAUUCUGGCAGUGUCUGUUGAUUUUCAAGGAGUACAUGUAUUGGUCAAUGUUCGAUCUAGUCUACUGUAUCAAUUAUAUGAGUUGAUGUCAAGUAGACCAAGUCAAGAAAGUCCCUUCCCAACAAAGACUCGAUCCUUCCUUGGCAAAUCACCUGAUCUGAUUCGUAUUCACACUGGACGAGAGGAUUCUGUUACACUCCUUCAAGAUGGGAAUGGUGCCCUCUAUCCAUUAGCUAAGAAUGCUCUAGGUGGAAUACGAGAUCCUGUAUGGUUUGAGCUUCCUCCAGCACGCUGCCUUGCAUUAGGAACACAUACACUCAGUCAUGGGUCAUUUGGCACCAACGUCAAAAGCAAAGCUGCUGUACUGGUCUUGGCCAUGGAGACCCAAGGGUUGAUGCCACAUAUUCUACGAUGUGAUUAUGAAGCUGUAUCUCAUUGCCUCAGUAAUCUGGAACUAGAGACAAAUCCUGUAAUUAAGGAACAUAAACUACAGGCUGUACUUGCUGAGCGUUGUGAUGGUAAUCGCAAUAUCUUCCACGCCUGUAUUAGUAACUGUGUUCCUAUCUCUAAUACUGAGACACCAGUGCCAGACUCUGCACCACCGACUUCAGGAAGUCUCUCUGCAGAGACACUGACCAGCCGAGCUCAGAUUAUUCGUAAUGCUCUAACUACCUUAAGUAAUGCCAUCGCUGGAGCUGCUAUGGCAAACUCAAGCUCUGCGGCAUCAAGAAGUAUGAAUCUAAGAGAGAUGAUGGGACGUGCUGCUAGUGCAGCAAGAACUGCUAGAGUCGCUAGCAGCAGUUUAUCAGCAGAAGAUUUAAGAGAUUCUUCACCACCACCUAUUGCAGGAAACGCUAUUCCAACACUCAGCUGGCCACCUGAACCGUCUGGGUUGUACGGAAAUCAAGAGGAGGAUAAUCUAAGCCUAGGUACAAGUGCUGCAGCUACUGCUGGUUCAACUAGCUCACUAGCAAGUAAUGCUUCAUCCCUUGCAUCAAUGACCAUCCCUACAGCUUACUCAGCCGUCCGUCUUACACCAGAGGAGAGAAAGAGAAAUGCUCAUAGUAUUCUCAGGUUACUUUGUAGUACGCCGGCUUUAGUCACUUGUAUUGUUGACUUCCUAUCAGCAGAGGAUGCUCGUGGAGAUACCCCCUUCAUGGCUGCCGUUGCCUGCCAGGCUUACUCGGCAGCUCUCUCUAUCUUAGAUGCAAUAGAAGAAAUCUCUCAUAAACCUAAAUGUGCUAAGCCUACCCCAGCAGCAGCAGCAGCAACAGCAGCAGCAGCAACAGCAGCAGCAGCAACCCCAGCACAGUCACAACCUCGACCCCAUGCUUCUAAGACCAAGGGAACUACAUCAAGCAAUACACAGAGUGGUGCUACUGAAGAGUUUAGUCAGGAGGUAUUUAAUCGGAUGUUUUAUCCCCCUGGUAGUGAUCCUGAUUCAUCACCUCUGUAUGUAUUGUGUUGUAAUGAUACAUGUAGCUUCACUUGGACUGGAACCGAACAUAUCAACCAGGACAUUUUUGAAUGCCGUACUUGUGGUCUGACUGGCACCCUGUGUUGUUGUACUGAAUGUGCUAGAGUUUGUCAUAAGGGACAUGACUGCAAGUUGAAGCGUACUUCACCUACAGCAUACUGUGACUGUUGGGAGAAAUGUGAGUGUAAGUCAUUGAUUGCUGGAUCUCAACAAACUCGGACUGAGUUAUUGUAUCGCCUUGUUAAUGACACACACCUUGCCACAUUACCAAACAGCAAGAGAGAGAACAUCUUGUUAUUCUUAGUUCAGUCUGUUGCCCGUCAGACUUCUGAGCAGAGACAGUAUGGACAGUCUAGGAGCAGACUUUCUAGAAAGAACAAUGAUUCAGAUGCUGAAAUGCCAGACCACAACUUGGAGCCACCACGUUUUUGUCGGCAGGCACUAGAGACUACUCUGCAGAAUUGGCAGGCAAUUAGGGCCAUGAUUAGAAGUGGCUGUGCAAGUGAUCUUAGCACGAGUUGUGCCCCUGGUUGUGCUAACCAGCCCCACACCCCAGUAGCAGAAGAAGAAGUAUAUAUGAAUAGUCAAUCAGAGACUAUGCGACUUGAUUGGUUCACUCAUACACUCAUUGUCAAGUGUACCAGUGCGGACUUGGACACUUUGUUGACAACGUUGAUUAAGAAGCUGAUGUCAACAACAGUCCCGUCUCAGAAGACAGAUGUAACUGAUGUUGUUCGCCGUUUUGUUCGCUCAGUGGCGAGGGUCUUUGUUGUUUUGACAAUUGAAAUGUCUCCUGGAAAGAAAUGCUGUGAAGCUGUGUUACGUUGUAAGCGUGUAUUUCAAGCCUUGAUUCAUCAAUCGGUUGGAGAGCUUUGUGAAGUUGCUGAAUCACUUAUUGCUCCAGUCAGAAUGGGUAUAACGAGACCAACAGCUCCCUUCCCGCUCUUCAGUAGUCAUACUGAUGCUGUUCAGGGAAGUGAAGAGUUAUUUUUCUCUGAGCCAUUACCUCGUCAGAGUAGUUUCCGAUCCGAGUCAGUGAGUAAUAUGGGAUCUAGAUCUAUGGGUAGUCUCCAUCGUCAUCGAUCAGUAACGAGUCGUCUUGGUGAUGAUGAAGAAGAACCUGAUAUUGGUGGAGAUGAUAUGGAGGUUGACCCUGUGGAAGGUGAGGUCAUAGAUGUCCCUCGUGACCCCCGACAUCGAGACCCAACGGAUGGAGACGGUCAUCCUGAUGGAGAACAACGAGAUGAUCAGAAUGAAGAUGAUGGAAAUGAGAGUGACAUGGAUCUGGAUCUUCUGGCAGAAAGUGACAGUGAUAGUGAUAGUAACCAUAGUAACCAAGACGGAGAUAAUGCUAGUCAGGAUCAAGAUGUUACUAGUGGUAGACGUAGCGCAGUCACUGCUGCUACUGCAGGUUCUGAUGCAGGAGGAGGAUCUGUGGCUGUCUUCUAUUCUGAAGAUGAAUCUUCAUCUAAUCUUGAUGAUGCAGAAGGAGAAGAAGAUGAAGAUAGUGAGAAUGAGAUUGAAGAAGAUGAAGAGAUGGAUGAUCAAUCUUUUGGUAAUGAUAAUUUGGAUCGUCCAGGGACUAGUCGUCAAGGUGGUGCUCGUACUAGUCAGCCUCAACAUCCUAUGCAAUGGGCAUUCCGUCAUCAAGCUGCUAGGAGUAAUGAAACAUCUACUACAACACCAGCAACUACUUCUAAUACACGUGGAUUGAUCUACAUUGAUGCAUCCAACCAGCGCCGUAUGGCAAUUAGUGCUGCUACUGCAUUAGCAAAUAGUAAUAACACAAGCACUAGUAGUGAAUCAGCACCUUCUACUACAGCCAGCCGUUUAGCUCGUGCCUAUGGGAUUGUUGUACGUCAGAUUACUGAGUUAUUAACAAUGCUGUUCCCUUACCAUGGACCAGACAGUCUACGAGAAUCUGUAGAAGUCACUCCUGAUGAAGCUAAUGACCUACAUAUGAUAAUGGAGAUUAGUCUGAAGCCAACAUGGGAUUGGUUAGUGUGUAUAAUGAACAGCACUGAAGCUCAACUACGUUAUGGUAAAGCACUUACUUCAUCUACUGAUCCUGGCCAUCCAACUCAUCCUAACCAUGCACAAUACAUGCGUAGCUUAAGAGGUGCGGCACGUGAAGCAGCAACUAGAGAAGAGUUGUCAUUCCAGAGAAGUCUAGAGAAUCGUCGUAGUGCUGCUCAUACUGGCAAUAAUGAAGAACAUUCAGCCAUGAUGGAUUUCCUCAACUAUACCCUAUCAUUAAUGAGGUCUCAUAAUGGAGAGCAUGCAAGUUGGCUACCAGUAUUAGACAUCUCAGCAUUAAAGCAUGUUGCUUAUGUUCUAGAUGCUAUGAUUUAUUACAUGCGUUGUGCUGAACAGGAUGGUGCAUCAGCUGAUCCUGAUCGUAUCCAACGUUCAGCAUGGAAUCUUGUUUCUCAAGAAUAUGAGAUUGAAGAAGCUGCUGAUGAAGAUGUUACUGAUGCUAGUGUAGUUCUAGAUACAGAGAGUGUUGAUGAAGAUGGUAGUGUCACUGGUUCUACGUCUGGACAACGUCAUCCUUUCUUUGUACGAUCUGAUUCUACAACCUUUCUUGGAUGUCAGCCUCCUGAUCCUUUUAGUACCCCUCUUUCUGAAGCCUUACCUCUUGCUGAUAGACCUCAGCUUCUACAACCAGAUGCUACAAGAGAGCAGCUGUUUGGAGUUCCUCAUCAGGUGGUACCAGGUUCCUCUGACACACCAACUAUAACAUCUCAUAAUGCUUCAGUGACUGUUGAGCGUCAGUAUCUAGAAGUCAUUCCAACUAGAAUGAGUGUAUCCCAACGUAACCCUCAGGUCAGUGCAGAUUUAGAUGAUACUGAAGAGGUUGAAGAAGAUGGGAUUCAUUCUGGAGGUCAUGGUGAUACAUUAGUAGCUGGAGAACCUCAACGUAUGUCUGAUGUUACAGAAAGCUCUAGUGAUCCUUCAGGUGCCAGUCUUGCAAGUUUAUCCACUGUCUUAAUGAAUCAAAGCCAAGGGUUAUCUACUGAUCAGACACUCUCAUCUCAAGGAACAUCUUCUGAUCCUAGUUCUUCAAGUCGAGGGUUACUUGAAUCUACCGGAGCAUCUUCCCUAGAGUCAAGGAAUGAAAGUGAUGUUAGUCGUGGUGUGAUUAGAGCUGGAUCAUUCCAAAACACUCAGUAUUCAACGCUAAGUGAUGUAUUGGAUGAACCUAAUACUCCAGCUGCAGACAACAGAGAACUGUUAAAUGCCAUAGCAACAAUCUCACCACAAGAAGUAUCUGUCAUUCGUACAACAGGAAUGGCACAACGUCCACCGCCCUAUGAUGAUCUUAGCCAUGGUGUUAGAUUAGGGGAAGAUUUACCUGGUCCAAGUAGAGCGUCCAUGAAUGCUGAUAUAGGAUCAGAAUCUACUACUACCACUCAAUCACCACAGAUUGAGGAAGGACUAGAUGCUUCUAAUCCUCAACUCAGUUUAAUCCCACCUUCUCAAGCCACACCUAUGUCUACUCUUAGUCCAUCUGGAAGGGCUAUGUCUACCCUUAGUCCAUCUGGGAGAGCUGGUGCUGAUGAUCUAUCAUCUAGAGCUAAAUCUAAAGAGAGCGGUAAUGAAGUGGAUUCUAGAGGAUUAGCAAUGGAUCCAGGAAGUAGUACGUCUGCUCCUGUAGAUCUAGGAGGAUUAUUGUCAGCUGGCUCAACUAGACCAGUAGAUCGACUGAAGAGUGUUCUUAAUCCCUUGGGAUCAGCAGAUAAUCUCCUGGGGAGAUGGAGAUUAUGUUUGGAGCUCUUUGGUCGUGUCUUCUUGGAGGAUGUUGGAGCAGAACCUGGAUCUGUCUUAGGAGAGCUUCGUCCGUUUGAAGUUAAGGAGUUAAGAUUCCGCAGAGAAAUGGAGAAGCUUCGUAAUAACAGAAAUGGAGAUCUAUCUUUAGAGCAAGUGGAACGCAAGCGAGAGCUACUGAUCCAACAGACUGUACGUCAACUGAAUUCCUUCUAUAACCGUCGUAGUAGUGCUACUACUGGACCCCCAAUGGCUGUCCAACGUGUUAAGGUGACCUUUAAGGAUGAACCUGGUGAAGGUAGUGGUGUAGCUAGAAGCUUCUACACAGCUAUUGCUGAGGCUUUUAUGUCAGGAGAGAAGCUACCUAGUCUAGAUGAUUCUCAAGGAAGUUAUAAAGGACCACAGUACAGACUUAUCCAAAGGUUACGUACUCAUGAGAGGGAACGUGAGCGAGAACGAAGACGUCAAUCAGAUUAUCGGAGUGGCAGAAUGAUCCAAAUGUUUGACAGAGAACGAAACCAACUAUCCUAUGACGCUAGGCCAUUCUAUCCACGAGAUGGUGGAAGCUCAGAGGAUAGAGGGAGUGACUAUGAACCAUUAGCUCCAGCAAAACAAGCUCUUGGGGAAAGAUUGUUCCCAAGAGUGCUUGCUCUGCAACCGUCUUUGGCUAGUAAGAUUACUGGUAUGCUUCUAGAGUUACCCCCAGCCAGACUUCUACUUUUACUGUCUAGUGAAGAGACACUACGUGAGCGUGUUGAUGAAGCUGUUGAUAUUAUCUUGUCACAUGGAAGGGAGGAGAGUUCCGAGAGUAGUUUACUUGAUCUUGAUAUCUUUAGUUUAUCUGAUCGUAACAACUCUUCAGGCCCUACCCAUCAAGAUAAAUCCUCCAAACCAGUUCCUGGUGAAGGAUGUCGUCCUGAUGAAGCUGAUGAUGCAGAUGAAAGCCAAGAACUUGACAAUGAGGCAUUAUUCUUUCAGCCUGGAAAGAGAGGUUUCUAUUCUCCUCGGCCCGGCAGGAAUACUUCAGAAAGAUUGAAUUGUUUCAGAAAUAUUGGCAGAAUAUUAGGACUGUGCCUCCUGCAGAAUGAACUUUGCCCUUUGACCCUAAGUCGACACGUUGUCAAGGUUCUACUUGGAAGAAAGGUUGGUUGGCAUGAUCUUGCCUUCUUAGAUCCAUCUUUAUAUGAGAGUCUUCGUCAUCUUCUUCUAGACGCUCAAAGAGACGGCGCUGAAGGACUCUUUAACUCUCUAGACUUGUACUUUAGUAUUGAACUAAGCAAGGAAGAGGGAGGUGGUCAAGUAGAACUGAUUCCACAUGGCAUGGAUAUACGUGUUACUGCUACUAAUGUCUAUGAUUAUGUACGACGCUAUGCAGAGCAUAGGAUGACUAUGGUAGCACAGAAGCCUCAUAUGUCCAUGAAGCAAGGUCUGUACGAUGUCUUACCCAAAGGUGCCCUAGAAGGAUUGACAGCUGAAGAUUUCCGUUUAUUGGUCAAUGGUUGUGGUCAAGUCAAUGUACAGACUUUAAUUAGUUACACAACAUUCAAUGAUGAAACAGGAGAAACCCAUGCAGGAGAAGGAGGAGAGAAGUUGGCUCGUUUCAAGCUUUGGUUCUGGGCUAUUGUGGAGAAGAUGAGCAACCAACAGAGACAGGAUCUGGUUUACUUCUGGACAUCCAGUCCUAAUCUUCCAGCCAGUGAAGAAGGAUUCCAACCAAUGCCUACCAUCACAGUUCGCCCGCCAGAUGAUAAUCAUCUUCCCACUGCAAACACCUGCAUUUCUCGCCUUUACAUCCCUCUGUACAGCUCCAAAGUCAUUCUCAAGAAAAAACUACUCAUGGCAAUUAAGACCAAAGCAUUUGGUUUUGUUUAAUUAUUCAAGCUUCACUAGUUGUAGUUUUUCUUUUUGUAGGAGGUGAGUUUAAGCAAGUCAACAUAUAACCUUGUAGAAAUAAAACUCUAAUCAUGGUGUAGCCAUUCCUGGUAAACCAUCUAAGCACAGGGAAAUAAUGUAGAAAUAAAACUGUAAUCAUGGUCUAGCCAUUCCUGGUAAACCAUCUAAGCACAGGGAAAUAAUGUAAUGUGCCGUUCUAUCCUACUAAGGAAAGACUUGUCAUAAACAGCAAAUUCAAACCAUCAAUUUUGGUACAUUCCGGACACACUUCACUUUUAAGUUUUUUGUACUGUUGCAUUGUAUUUUCUUUGUAUUUUCACUCACCUUGUACAAUUCUGUGUUAGAUUCAUGUAGUUAAGUAGUAUGAAAAAAGCAAGUUGGAUCUGAGAUUUUUGUGGCCAGUUUAAAUGACAGUUGAUAUUUCUGAUUUGAUAUCACAAUGAGAGAUUGAUGAACAACUAAGUGAUGCUACUCUAGGUUUGCUCACUUCUUAAUGAACUUGUGUUCAUACUACAAUAAGACUAAGUUUUGACUUACUAUAGAUUUGAGUAUUUGGGAAUGGGGGGGGGGGUUCCUUAAGGACCUGUUGUGCCCACCUGUCCUUAUUCAUUUUCAAGCAUCUUUUAUUGAUUGUUGUCCUGGUACUAUUAUUAUAAUGUUUGGCAUGAAUUACAAUAGAGGUGUUCUCAGUUGAACCUACACAUGUGCCUCACAAUGGAGCCGUUAAUAUGCAAUAAUAAAUGUUGCAGCAAAAGAUGCUUAAUGUUUGUAUAGGCAAAGGUUUGUGGUGAUUUAGUCGGGAAGUGCGUAUAAGACUCUAGGUUCAAAGCCUAUCUCAGUUGGUGUGAUUUGUGUUGUCUUGGAGAAUAAUGCAUCUUCAACCCAUUAUAGAUACUACUAUCAUAAAAAGGCCUUGUAGUCAUCUACGCCAUAUAAAAGUAACCCCUUCAUAAUCUUUACAUUAUACAUGUUUUAUUAAAUGAUAAAAUAAUUCUGAUAAUAAUUCAAGCAAAAGAAAGUAAACCAAAUUUAAAUCAAUCCAUAUUCCUCAUUAUAAAACACCUCUUGCUUGUUCUGUAUUCUGGUUGGCUGAAACACUGUCAUGUGGGAUGAACUUAUAAAGUUUAGUGAUCGUGUGCGCAUGUUUUGCAGGAAGUAGUGCCUGAGCGGGCAUUAGUCUUUUAAUUUUUUACUGUUUACAGCGCCCUCUCUUGACGUGAACCAUAAACAGCAACUAAUAACUGAAUAUGGGGAAUUUUAAUGCGUUCCAUUCUUUUCCACGAUUAUUUUCUUCUUUCACAUUUUAAGACCGAUGUGUGUUAUAAAACACAUAUGGACUGGCAUAAUUCGGUUACUUGUGCAUGUCUAUUCCCCCUCGGGCCUGUGAGUGACCAGAAGAGCGACCUAUUUCCCUCGGCCGAACCCGUCAAUAAUGUGUAUACUAAAUGAACUAAAUUUACCAUUAAAGCAACAGACUAGAGUACUAGUUUUUGUGGAAUUGAAAGUAACCAAGUUAUUUCUUUUAGUUCAAUCAUUUGAAAAUAAAAUGAGGCAAGAAUCUUUUUAUUUCUGUUUGUAAGUGUAAGGAAUAAUUAAGAGUAUUGGUGCAUUGACUUUGAAGCACUAUGAGAGUAUUUUAUUUUUUGCUGAAGCAAAUGACUUGGUAUUUUAGACGUGUGCACACGGUGAAACCACUCGAGUUUGUACAUGAUGGAUACAUGCUAUUUUGUUUUCUGUAAUAUUUAAAGAUAAGAAAAUAAACCCAAAGUCCACAUU